AUGCCAUCCACCAACUCGAAGCCGCUAACCUCCGCCCCCGCCGCUCCACUAGACAGCCUAUACUGCAUCAAAACCCUCACAGACCCCCGUUCCGACCCAGCGCAGCCUCCACCCCUGGAGUUCACCUCUCAAACCGACAUCGCCCUCGCCUACCUCUCCACCACUACCAAGCUCGAAGACCUGCAUACCUCCCUCCUUCACUCCCUCUCCGCCUCCGGCUGGACAGAGCGCGUUCGCAAUCUCGCAUUCGAACUCCUGCGCUCCGGACGCUGCACCCGCUUCGAAGAUGUCGUCGACAAUGUCGUCCGGCUCGCAACAACGGCAAAGCCCAGUGACCAGACACCUCCAACAGUACUCGGGAAAAGAAAACGCGAGGGCAAGGAGCUGAACGGGACCGCCGCGACCAACGGCGUGCGAGAACCGGCCGUCAAGAAGGAACAUACCAGCGAUGCCGAGGAGCAAGGAGAAGACCGCGAUAAAGAAUCCACUCACAAAGAGACCAACGGCACCGCCGCCGCCGCCGCAAAGCCGAAUGGGAAACAUGCAUCCACUUCAGGACCUACCGAAGGUGACAACACUGACGGCGACGACUCUAUCCUCCUCGCCGAGUUCGACGUGCGUAUACCUCCCCAUGUUGUCGGCAAAGGCGUGAAAAUCCUCAACGAGGCUCUCGGCGACAUUUGCAUCAAACCAACCGAGGACGAGGACCAAGACGGCGAAGCUGAGCCGGACGACCAAGACGAUGACGAUGCCUCUGAUCUUCCACUGAAAGUGAAAAGCGCCAAGAUGCGGUAG